UAAUUUCGUAUUUGGCAUAUCUCCCACUUGCCCGGGGAAGCCACUUGAGUGUAUAUAGUUGUAAAUUUCACACUACUUGGCGAUUUCAAAAUUUCCCGACACGACAGUAAAAUAAUUUAUAUAAAUAAUUUCACUUGCUAUAGUUUAGUCAAAAUCAAAGAAUUAAAUAGCACAGAGCUUUGUUUUAGAAAAGACAUUUCGUUUUGUGUUCGUUUUUGACGAAAGCACUUUGUGUGUCUUUUGUUUCGAGAUCACGAUUUGUUCGAAUGAACCAAUUAGAAUGUUUCUUUUUGACAAGCGAUCGUGAUCGUUGUCAUGGUACAUUGGCCUUGGGUUCGGCGGCGUUCGUUUCGAGCAUGAUGGAGCUAUCAACUGAUCCUACGUUGACAGGCAGGCACAGCAUGUUCUCAAAAGGCAAGACGAAUACUGUCCCGUCAGACGCUCAGGCGAGAGAAAAGUAAGCCGCAUUGAAAUUUUCUAACACUUGAGUGAGCAAUUUCGAUUCUGCAACAUCGAAAACACCAGAUGACGUGUUGUUGAUGUGUCGGUUUUGUGAAUUAUAUACUCUUGAGUGGUCGAAUUAUUCCCGCCGUAUUGUGUAUAUUUGAACGCCGCACACUAUAUUUCUACAUUAAUGUACAGCACUCAUUGCUUCGUAUAUAUUUCUUUAGACUUGCACUGUAUGUCUACGAAUAUCUACUCCAUGUUGGCGCACAAAAGAGUGCUCAAACGUUUCUCAGCGAGGUUCGUAUGAAUGCUAGUAUUGCAAGCAUCUCUUAUUCUGUUUGUAUUUGCUUUCUACUCACUUGACACAUUGUGAACCAUUUAUAUUGUAUUGUAGAUACGAUGGGAAAAGAAUAUAACAUUAGGAGAACCGCCAGGAUUUCUUCAUUCUUGGUGGUGGUAAGCUAUAUAUUUCUUGCUAGCCUGUGUGUACGAGUGCCAUUCGAUAUGUGUAAUUGAAACAUGUUUAAUAGUACAAUUUCAUACGUUAAGCCACGGGCAAGUGCUGGUAACAAAUUAUGUAUAACAGUUCAGUUUAUAAUGUGGAUUUAGUAUCUUGUAAACUUUCAGUAAACUUCUACUGUAAUAUAUUUUCAUUCGUUUUAUUAAUACAACAUGGCUUCUCUUCCAGUGUAUUUUGGGAUCUCUACUGUGCUUCGCCGGAACGGAGAGAAAGCUAUGAUCAUUCAAGCGAAGCUAAAGCUUUCCAUGAUUAUGUGAGUAUUUAUGUGAGACAAUCGGGUUUUUAAAACACUCUCAAUUCAUUUAAAAGUUGUAAUAAAAUUUGUCAAGCUGAACGCAAAAGCAUGAAUGCGAAAGUACUUUACUCCCGUCCUUUGUUUGACCUGUCGGGAGAACGGAAGAGCAAAAAUCCACGUGAAUGAACCAAAGCAGCUGGUUAAUGCCGGCGAGAAGUAUUAUUUUUAUUAUCAAGUGCACAACAAAGUCAAAUGUUUCGCAACGGUCUGGUCCGGUCGUGUAAUAAAACAACUUUAUUUAACAACAAAAUUAUAACAGGUGAAAAGUACGUACAGCCACAGUUAAGUAUUCUUAUGUCAGCGGCUAGCUAGUUUUGGCUUUACCUUUUAAAGUCGUUUCUCUCAACGGCUAUUAAAAUCAAGCAUGCGGGCAUGACUGCUAUAUUGUUUCGUCUAUGAAGGAGAGAAAAUUAGGAGUGAUUUUCUCAAUAAUUUUGAGAAUUUCUGCACUCUUUAUAAUCCGUCGUAUUAAAUUGUACACGAACGGAAGUGAAAAUUGAGAUGCUCAAAUUUCUUCAAGACAUCCACUUGACAAACUUGGAAAUAAUUUAUGAUGCCAGCAUUCUUAGGCCAUCUUAUUUUUCUAUUGCCAUAUAUUGCAUUAAAUACAGUGCUGCAAUGCAGUGAGGCUUAAAAACCAUAGUGCAUACACUAUUUAUAGUCAAAGCAAUGUCGUAAUUUGUAAGCGCUUGGCGCUUGCACACUUCGUUCAUGUGUUGACCGAAAAUUACAAAAUAUUGAACGUUUUAGCAUUUUAAUCAUAUCACUAAUGCUAGUAAUACACUAAACUUUGUCUGUGGUUUAUCUGAAACACUAUCGCUCAUGAAUGACUAUUUUCAAAUCAAGCUGUGAGUUGACUACAAGGUUUACUAUUAUUACAGUACGUACAUUGUAAGAGUUUGCUAUGGACUUGCCAAAUCUGGUAAAUUAAUUUUCCAAUCUUCCCUUGAGCACCAAUGUCUAUUGCACGAGAUACUAUAUUGAGAUCUAAUUUGGCAAGUGAUUAAGAACUAUUUAUUACAGUUUUCAUGAAAUGUAAUGUAAAAUAUCAUGCUUAUUGGUGAUAAGUUGUUGAAAGUUUAUAAUAAUAAACACAACUCAAUGUUUACAACUCAUCUUACUCAAGAGGGGCGCAAUAUUUUGAGAUUUAUACUCAAGUUUUGUUACAGUAUUAUAUAAAGAAAUGCCAGAUUUAUAUUGUAGUAUUGUAGUGUUUUUAAAUUUAAAUGCACAUGUUUCGAAGAGCUAGGGUUUAAUAUAUGCUUUCUUUAUUUUUGUAUUUGAAUAUAUGUCAAAAUCUAUUGUUCCUAGCUUUAUGUGGCAGGUGUUUGACUAGUCAAGACAUUGUCUUGCAUCUAUUCAUGGCUGGCGAACCUUGCAUCACCUUUGCUUUGCUGUAUUUGUCAAUUUUAAACAAUAUUUUCACGAACAAAAUAUUGAAUUUUUCAGCUUUACUUCCCAAUAACUUAUAAUUUCAAUGUAUUUUUCAAUAUUCUUUGCCUGUGGGUCUUUAAUAUUUCAUUAUAAAUUUUCAAGUAUUCAUGCAAAUAGUUUAGUCCUAUAUUGCUCUCAGACUACAGCAAAAACAAAAAUAAUUGUGCCCUGUUGCAUUAUCUUGAUAUAAUAUUGCAGCAACAUAUUUUUAUCCCAUGAAUGCAUGUUUAUAUAGAGAGGCAGGACAACAUGUUUGCCGGGAUUGGAGAAUGAUUUUGAGAUCCAUGUAUACAUUUCUUUUAAAUAUUUAUAUGCAAGUGUUAAAUGUUUUUCUCCUGGGCAAGGUUCCAGCAGAUCCAGCCUCAAGCAGAACAUUUUUUGCCAUGUGAGUGCUGCAUAAUCAUGUGACCUGUUGCAGGACAAUUUUUCAGGAUGAUGAAAUGUUAAAUUGUAAUUAUUUGACCACCUUCCUGUUCUGUGUUCUUUAAGGUGAAUUACAAGUAUAACACAAAUUUCAACAUCAAUUUUUAUACGUUGAAACUAUUUUAUGAGAUCCCAUUAUCGUGCCCAAGAAAACUUCCCAUUGCGAAUUCACAUAUGACAGGAAACCCAGGAUAAAAAUAUAUCCUGUCCCCGAAAGCAAAUGCCCUGCUACUGACAGUGCCUUAAGGCCCCUAAUUCAUGUGCAAGAUUCUCUUUGAUAACUUACCCACACUGAGUUGCAUUGUGCCAAUCGAUGUGCCCCAGUGCGCAGUGUUUAUUAUUUUGCUCUGUCUAAUGCCAGAUGAUUUUUACUCUCAAGGGAGAGUGCUACAGCUCAAUGGGUUAAUCAGACUAUCUGCCCAUGCAUCUAGCUAACCCAUUGAGUUGCAUUGUGGCCAGUGCAGUCCUACUUUAUUAUUUUAGUCUGCCUAACCUAAACGCCAGACAAUUUUACUCAUCAAGAGGAGGGCACUGUCUUGCAAUGGGUCAAAUAUAAAAUGUUGUGUCAAGUGUCAUCAUGUGGAUUGUGGAUUGUCAUAUGCAGGGAUGGAUUUAUUGGGAAGGGGGGCAUCCCAGUAGUCUUGGAAAAAGAGGGGUGCCAAUUAAUUUAUCACAUCCUUACCACAUGCAGCUACUAACCUCUGGACCGUGCCAGCAAAAUACUGCUGCUUGCAGCUCCCUCUAUUGAUUAUGCACUAGGCCAAUGUUUGCACCCUGUCAACCAAUUGAAUUGACCAUGCAAGGCUCGAUAAGUACACCCUACCAGAUGCUGGAAUAUUUUUUGCUUGAUUUUACUCAAUCCAUGGGUGGGGAGAAUACAAGAAAUUGACUGAAUAUAGCAAGAUUUGAGAUGUUUUGUAUGGGAGUGGCACCUUGAAAACAGGGAAUAUAAAUCUCUGGAACUAGGAUACAAUUGGUUGUAUUAUAUAAUAAAACCUGAAUGUUUUAUCAACUUGCUAUUUAGGUAAUUCCAAACCUGCAGCCUGGGGCUGUGCCUUCACCUCCAUUUCCACAAAUGACCAAUGACAAUUCAGGAAAUGUAGCAGGAAUACCUGGUUAUUAUCCGGUAAACAUAAAUGUUGUUUUUAUACUAAUAAUUCACAAUCAUACUGUAUUAUGGCAUACAUAAUACCAUUCAAUUUGUACAUAUGAUUUUCUUUUUUAGCCUAGUUCAUCACAAGGUCCACAACCUUCAACUCUCCAUGGGGGACCUACACCACCUGGUUUCAUGCCUGGACAACCGGUAGGUGAAUAUUUGAAGUUGUCCUGACAGUACAAUUAUAAUUAGUUAAACUAAUAGUAAUCAAUUCUUUUUCUCAUUGUUUUAGAAUCCUUCAUUCAUGGGACCUGCACAGGUAAGAUAAUAUAGUAUACCAAUAUACUUAUUAUUCCCCUGACUUGCAAAAGCAUUGUUAGACAAACAUGCAGAAUUUGAUGUGGCACAGACUAUAUGUUUGCCAUUAAUAGUAUGUAGGUAGAGUUUUAGUAAAGUAGUGAACUUUUUUAUUAUACAGUAUAUUUAUUGAAGUUUAGAGAGAGUCUUUUCCAUAUAAUAUUACUAUCUAUAUAUUGUGCCACUAGAGUAUAUAAUGUUACAGACAGGGCUAGAUUUUGGUGUACUGUAAAUAAUGCUAGGGGGGAUGGAAUAUUUUUGGGGAGAUGCAGCAGUCUGGGUUAGGGUUUACAACAUGCCGCUCUGAAGUCAACAACAUUACUGCAUGCAUGUAAUGUAUAUUACUACAGUACCUAGUAUCAAUACUGUAUUUAUGAAUUAUGUCUGUAUGACUGCAAAAUUUGCGCUAAAAGGCUAAUUGAAACAUAGAUAAAUGCAAUUUUUAGAAGAAAGUGAUCAGACCUUAAAAUAAUUUGACUUAAUUUGAAUGAUCAAGGGGAGGUGAAUGAGUUUUUAGGGGAGGUGAAACAAUUCUCAGGGGAGGUGCAAGACAAUCUCAGGGAAGGUGUGUACCUCCCCUCAAAAUCUGGCCAUAUGGUUACAAAAUAUACAAAGAUCAAAUCUAUACUGUAUGUGCCAGUGGCAAUCACUAUUCAGAUCAUUGAGGGGGUAUAUGUAUUUAGGUUGUUAACAUAUUCUAACCUCUUUAAUUGUUGCUGUAAGUUUUAGUCCUCAAAUAUUUUACACUUACCUCAAAUAUUAAAUGAUAAUUAUUUUAAUUUGCUAAUUAAACAGAUAUCUGUCUUAGUGGUUAGUAAAGUUACACGGCUGGCUUCAAUUGUAGAAAAUUACAGCUUGUUAAUCAGCUAGUUUUUAGAGACUUAAAGGAAAUAUUGGAGUUGGGUGCCUUUCCUGCCCAUUGUGUUCACCACUGAUAGAGGCAUUUGGGUUAUUUGGAUUAGGUUCAUUUGUGUUUCGAAUUAAAAUUUAUGCCGACAUAUUUUAUACUCUAAGUGAUUUGUAUUGUUCUAAUUGAAAGAAACAGUUACAUUAUUUAGUUUGCCCCAAAAGAAUAGUCAUUUCAAUAGUCAGUUCUCUGUAAAAGUUCCUGUUUGGCACAUUACCAACUUCUAAUGCAGUAACGGUACAAAUUUCGCCUACAAAUUUUAUUGCCUGGACAGUCAUUAGAAAGUAAAGAUAGUAAUUAUAUUUAUCCUGGAUACCCACUACAUCACAUUCGUGUUUUUUAGUGGGGUCCUGCAUCAAAAUUACAAUUAUUUACAAUAUUAAUUGUCAACAUUUAAACCGUAUGAAAAUGCGAUAUAAAUAUUGUACAGUAAGUACCGCGAUUACCCAGCCCCAGGGCUCUCAGAAUUAUUCUGAUUAGGUAGCUGUGUUCGAGGCUGUGUAAUUGAUAAAGUAAGUGGCUGUGGAGUCUUUAUAGAUGCGACACAACUGAGCUCUAUAACCGAUCAGUCCUUGAAACUCAGGUCGGCAUUCGGCAAUGCCGAUCUAAAUGCCGACCUGCAAAGCGAUAUCUGUAGAUUUAGGUCGGCAAAAUUUUGCCGACCUACUUUCAAAUAUGUCUCUGCAUUUUUUUCCGCGAACUCAUCUUUCACACACGCAUUUUCAACGAUGAUGUUUUAAUUAUCAGGUUUUGAUCAUUAGCUUGUGUAGUCACAUUGCAGUUUCAUUGUUGAAAACUUUGAAAAGUAAACAUGCGUAUUAAAAUCGUCGAGCUUCAAGAUUUAAACGAAAGUAUAUGGUAAUAAAGUAGUGUACGGUCUGUCACAACAUUUGGUCACAACAUGCAUGCACUGUUUAAUUGGAGUUCAUACAUUUUGUUAGUUGUUUUGUUUGCUGGCAUUGAUUGCUGUUUAUAAAUACACGUAUUUGCAGCAAGAAAAUUAAAUUUUCAUUUGGAUAUUUUCUAUUUGUUUUGAAAAUAUUUGCCGACCUAGAUUGAGAAUUAUCGCUUUUAGGUCGGCAAUUUCUUGCCGACCUGAAAUUUCGGAGUUUCAAGGACUGACCGAUGUAUAACGUAUCACUACUUUCGUUCUUCAACAAGAUAACUUCAAGAUUUAAAAUGGCAGGUUACUAAAUCAGUUUUACGAAAUAGUACGUCGUUUUCAAAAAUAACCACAAAGUAGGCAACGUUGAGGAAAAAUAACUUUGUUUGAAAGCUUGGAGUGCAUGCAUGGACGACCCAUUUAAGUUUCGUUAUUUUUAUUCACACAUAAUGAUAAACAAGACGGAGGAAUAGAGAAAUACGUAGGUUACAUUGGCCCAUGAUUAUCCUAAUCGAAAAUUUAAAAUGUUUUCGAAGACAUGAUUUAAAAUGCAUGAGAAAAGAAGACCAGAGGUCAAGAACCUCCUCUUGUGCAGUGGUACACGCGAGGAAAGCGGUAUUACUGUAAAUUUCGUUGGAAAACAAAAUAAUCCCAAGAGAUCAUAUAGUUGUGUGUAUGUGUAGACGCAUGGACAAUCACACCACAAUGUUAAGAUAUACUUACGAUAGAGGACCGUUACAAAAAAUUACUUUUGCAGCCCAGUAUUGGUCCCCUAAAAAACGAAAGGUAUUUGGAUUUGUUACAGUAGUACGAGCCCAGAACCUGCACUGCUUGUUACUGACGAUGGAUAAUAGAGAGAGUAAGCUCCAACAAAUUAUACUUGCAAAAAAAACCCUGAAAUGAAACUGCCACAUGGUGGCGAUAGUAAAGUUAUAAAAUAACAUGUAUAUAACGCGUGCUCUGAUUGGUCGAAACCCGUGUUUGGAUCAGGCCAUCCAAACACGGAAAUUUAAAGUGAAAGUUUUUUAAAGUAAAAUUUUAACACGGAAAGUUGUUAUUUUAUAAAACAAUUACUUUAUGGUUUCCGUGUUUGGAUGGCCUGAUCCUAACACUUGGGAAUGUUGCUCGAGUCAAGAAAAGCGCGCAAAAUCACUCGCCUUCUGCUCGUGAUUUCGCGCGCUUUUCUUAACUCUCGCAGCAUUCCCGCGUGUUUGGAUCAGGCCAUCCAAACACGGAAACCAUAAAGUAAUUGUAUACUAAUAAACGCCUACUUUGUUUGAGAGAAUGCCGCAGAGCCAAGGCUGGCCUUAAAUGCUACUAGACAAGAAUAAGAAAACUGCUAGAGUGUACAACACAGAUAUGGAGUGGGCUGCCACAUUUAUCUGUACAAAUAUAUUUCAAUCCCUGUAUUUAGAAUUUCAUGGCUCAACGAUAUCAGUCAAGAUCUUCUGUUAGAUUACCUGGACAGGUAUGUUAUCACCAUAUUUUCAAUGUUCGGUUGUAGGUGAUGGCGAUGAACCAUAAUCAUACCCAAAACCGGAUUUUGGUGCAAGGAAAUAGUGGGGGAGGUGGAAAAAAUUUAGGGGAGGUGCAGCGGUUUCGAUCACGACCCUCAUGGAAAGUUAGGGCUUAGAAAGGGCCAAAGUCAACGACGUGACGUAUGCAUGUAGUGUAUAGUACAUAUGUAUCAGCUAGUGUAUUAAUUAAUUAUGACUGUAGAACUCAUCCAAUUUUACCUUCAUUACAAUCACUACAAAGUUUCUUUCGAAACAUUGCAUUAAAAGGGUACUUGACACAGAGAUGAAUGGCUAUCACUGUUUCAAUUUUACAGAAAAACUUUCUUACGAAGUGUAGACCCUAAGCAACCAAAAAAUGUCAAAUUGUCACUUUGAUCUAUCAUUGAAACUUUCCCAAGAAGAGGUGCAUGAUGUUUCAGGGGAGGUGCAAAAAUUCUCAGGGGAGGUGCAAACCGAUCUCAGGGGAGGUGCAAACCGAUCUCAGGGUUCUCAAUAUCCGGCCAUGAUCAUGAAACAUAGAAGUUCACCCAUGUCAGGGCUCCGGAACCACAUAGGACAUCAGGGAGUGGUCACAACUCCUCGCUCAUGAGGGCUAGUUGGUGUCUUUUUUUAAAGUUGCAUUCCUUAGUUAUGGCGAUAGUGACAGGAAAACAAAGGAAAUGCAGUCGUAGAGGAAAUAUGCAACGUUAGCUGCGACGUCCCGAGCCCAGAAAGCUACUAUUCAUCAUGUUCAAAGUUGGUAUAAAGUGUCCUUCCUGGCUGAAAGAGUUACGUCCGCUGUCCUGAAUUUCUGGCGCCUCUGCAUAGAUUGUCAUGGUCAAGUAGGAUAUCCCCCAAGAGGAUAAAAUUAAAAUACUUGCCGGGUGCGGAAAUUACUUUUCGGAACAAGUACUUGCGUAUUAUGGUUUCGAUAGUGAUUUACUCCAUGGGCAAAAAUGUUUAUGCAAACCGCGAAUUCGGUCUUAUAAGUGUGUACUCAUUACGUUCGAGAAAAUAUAACGUUUUGUCUUGGAGCAAUAGAAAGGUGUCCGUUUUGUAAAUAGUUGUAGAGGACUAUUUUAGCCGUAUAAAAAUGUGGCAUGAAAAUGCGUUGAACAUUAUUUGGGAAUUAAGGUUGUCUGCUGUAUACCUCGCAAAAGUUUUGAACUUUAAUCUCUCAGAAUUACCAUUUCCUGCAUUCGGAGAUAUUCUUUACUUUCCGAUAAAUGCGCGCCUUCCAUUGGUACUUGUGCCUUUACACUGACGGAAUCGCCCUGUUUAAAUAAAAUUAUUCUACUGGGGCCGGUGGUUCAAAAUCUGGUUAGUUUAGUCCUUGGUUAACGAAAAUCUCAAAGCAAUCUUCUGUUUAGAAACAUAAAGGUAAUUUUCUGGAUCAAUAGAAGUUUUAUUUUUUAAAGUUUUGAAAUAAACAGAUGUGCAAAUGCACCAAAACCAAAACACAGCGGGUAAAAUUUUAACCCAGGGUUAGCGCUAAUCCAGGUUUGAACAACCGGCCCCUAAUCACAUUUUGGGAGCUUAUAGUUUGGGCGCCCAAAUUAACCGUAUAACCAACGUGUCUUAACCUCCAUACACUGUAUCUACCUACAUAAACAGGAAUGAGCAUUUUAAUGACUUCUUAAUUACCUUCUACAUAUACAUGUCAUGAAGGGAUUAUCCGUCUGUAGCGUAAAUGGGAAGAAUAAUAUGAAAGGUUAAUGUAUUUUAUUUAGCCCGUUGGUGUGACAGGAGUUCCUGGUGCUCAACCUUUACUACCAAAUACAAUGGACCCAAACAGACCGCAACCUUCUUUUGGAGGUAGGUACUCAGUUUUGUCUUACCCAAAACCUACCUAUGACCUGAAGCGAUAGUCUGGGACUGGAUUGACACAGUACAAUUUUUCUUUCACUCUUCUGCUUGUUUUUGCGCGAAAAACCGUUGGCGGUCUGAUUGAGUGGUUCGGGUGAGAAAAACCAGGCUGCUUAGUGCUUACCAUCCAGUCAGAUUGGGAAUGCUCAAUGAAACCGGACCGAGCAGAAACGAGUCCAACUGAACAGCGGGCUACUGAAUGUCAGAUGUGUCACGUUCAUAGCAGACUUAUCAAAAGUAGAUCGCCCCAGAUUUCGCCAUAUGUACUACUGUACUAGUAUACGGAAGAAAGCAUGCAGCCACAAAAUGGAGACCAUACAUUCAGAAGAUCGACUUCUUGGCUUCGCCCCAGAUUUCGCCAUAUGUACUACUGUACUAGUAUACGGAAGAAAGCAUGCAGCCACAAAAUAGAGACCAUACAUUCAGAAGAUCGACUUCUUGGCUUCGCCCAUGAUUUGGGCAUAACCGUUGCAAUGCUUUCGCCAUUUUCUAGCCUGUGCGCUUAUGGGAGGCAUUGACCCUCCUGAAAAUAUUCAAAAUGGCAGACGUUCAGGGGGGUGAAUGCCUCUCAUUAGAGACCUUUAGAUUGACGUUUACGGCAAACGUAAAACCGCUAGCGAGGUUUUUGAUUUUAUAAUUCUAUUAUAAUAGCUUUUACACCAGUUUUGAAAUAUGUUUAACUUAUUAAACUUGUGCUCUUUAGCAAUGAUUUAAGAAAGCAAAUUAACCACUAGUCAUGCCAUUCACCAAAGCAGUAUAUUAAGAUUUGACGUUUGAAGUUGACGUUUGGCGUAUAAAUUUCAUGCUUGAACUGCUACGAGGGCUUGUAGUCGUUAAAGCAUGAAAUUUAUACGCUAAACGUCAACUUCAAACGCCAAAUCUUAAUAUACUGCUUUGGUGAAUGGCAUGACUAGUGGUUAAUUUGCUUUCUUAAUUCAUUGCUAAAGAGCACAAGUUUAAUAAGUUAAACAUAUUUCAAAAGUGUUGUAAAAGCUAUUAUAAUAGAGUUGUAAAAUCAAAAACCUCGCUAGCGGUUUGACGUUUGCCGUAAACGUCAAUCUAAAGGUCUCUAUUAGCGGACAUGACGAGUGUAUUUUGAUAACGAAUCAUGGCGUGGCGGCGGUUAUGCUUUUUUAGCUGAGUCAAUCUACUGUAUGGUCUCUAUUCUGUGAUGCAGCUCACAAAAUAUCGCUGUCGUGAGAUUACUCAUAUUUUGUGGGGUUUUUUUCAGGCCCUCCCAUGCCUCCUGUUCAGAGAAUGACACCUCGCAUACCAGUUGUAAGUCCAAAUGUACGUUCUUUAAAUCAUUCACCAAACAUUUUAAUAUAAUUGUUAUAAUUACUAUCAAAUAACGCACAUCCCUAUGAAGUUUGGUUUCCAUUUGGUCGUGACGGUCACAAUCAUGUCAAGAUGGCUUAUUUAAUGUGUCGAUAUCUCGCAGCAAUUGUAGAGAUUGAUGUGCAUACCAUACGGUAACGAGAAAAUAAGUCGAGAUUAUUCCUCGGCAGUGACCAUAGUUUUGUAUAACCACAGCUAUCUCCAAAUGGAAAACAAGCUUAACAAAUGAAGUUUCACACCAUUUUUUUGUGAUUGCAUUGAAAAGAAAAUUCAAAAUGUAGUAGUAAGACACUUUGCCAAACUAUCUUAUUGGUUUUCUCUUGAGAUAUUUAACAAUGUUUUAUACGCAAUUUAAUAUCCUCACUAUGACGUCGAAUUGCAUAAUCAGAGACCUCAGGGUAUAGGACGGCAAAGCGACGACGACGGCCAAAACAAACUCAUUCAAGUAACUGAUUGUAAAGAAAGCUUAUCGUGUAUUAUCAAUCGUAUGAAUUUAAACACAGCUUAAAGAGAUCAAAACAGAGGCAUUCUAUUGAGUACAGUUCCACAUUAGUACUUAAGCUCCCUAUUAUAGCUUUCUGGGGCCGGUUGUAUAAAAAAGUGAUUAAAGUUAACUAUGAUUAAGUGCAAACGUCAUCCAAUAAGAAGCGCCUAUAUGUGAGUUAAUCACUAUGCAAACGUCAUCCAAUAAGAAGCGCCUAUAUGAGAGUUGAUCACUAUUUAACUACAAAAUAGUGAUUAAAAAAGUGAUUAAGAGUUUUAUACAACUGGUCCCUGAAAAACUUUUGUAACUCUUAUAGAUAGAGUAAUUGAUUCAAAUUUGUCUACGUGUAACAUAUACUUGUAUUAUGUUGAUGUAACAUAUGCGCGGAUUUAUGAUGUCGAUGCAUGAUAUUCCAAGAUCUUGAAGUUUUUCACAAAGUCAUUAUGCAAUGUGACGUCAUAGUGAAGAUCAUUUGAUAUCAAAAAUUGUUAAACAUCUCAAGUACGAAGCAUUCUAUGAUAGUUUGGCAAAGUAUCGUAUUUGGUUUAUUUUCAACUUUCUUUGCAAUGCAAUCCUAAAAGAAUGGUGUGAAAUUUCGUUGCAUAAGCACUUUAAUAGUAAUUGAAAAACAAAAUUAACAUCCAAACGUAGAACUACAGUGUACUCAGUGUUCAACACGAAAAUGUCUUCGUUAUGGAUGGAUCUACCUGGAAAAAUCGCCUUAACAAAUAUUAGAGAAGUUCAGAUUUGAUUUCCACUGCCGUUACCACUAUUAAGGGACCAUUAACCAAUCAGAUGCGUUUGAUAUGUCCGAUUAACCAAUCAUAUGCGUACUAAGCCAGUGAGAGGUAUAGUGGUACUGAAAGUCAAAUCUGAAUCUCUCUAAUAUUAAGAUCGAACCCGUGUACAUGUGAAAAUAAUUGAGUCACCAUCAUAUUCUAAGGUUUAUUGCCUGUAAAGUGUUAAAAUAUGAUUCAUUUUUAGGGUUAUACGUCAAUGAGACCGAACGCCCCUGUUGGGCCUCCAAUGUCGAUGUAAGUUUUUGAACGUUUUCUUUAUGUUGCUUUUAAGAAUUUUUUGUUUCGUGGAAAACAUCACACCAUUUAUUUGGCAAUGCUAGCUUUCGAUCUAUAAGCAUGCACGGAUCUUCUUUAAUUAAAACAGCUGUUAUGCGACGGAGAAAAUAAUGCCCGUUCCCUUUAUGCUAGUAGUAGUCUUGUAAUCGCAGGAUAAAUGUAUUAGAGAGAUGCAUUUGCUUGUUCCUGAAGUGUACUGUCAUCUGCUUGCAGACCAGAAAAAAAAUGGAAUCCUGGAUCUUGAGAAACAUAAUCAAACAUUUGCCUUAAGCCUGGUUCACACCAGGUAGCACUUUUGUCGGCGAUUUUGUGUUUCUGACAAAAGUAUAGAGUCGCUUUUCAGAAGAAAACAAUUCUUUUGCAUCUCAUUCAUUCGAUCACAUUUGCCAGGAGGAGAAAAAACGUCGAAAAAAAGUGUGAACCAGGCUUUACCAAAAAGAAUGAGAUGAUUUUCAAUUUUUCACACAUACGUUAUGGGAGAAUCUUACGGAAUCAUUAUAUCUUGAUUUAUCACACUUCCUUAUCCGUCAUUUGAUUUUGUGAAGUGUUUUGUGAAGUGAUAUUCAAAUUUGGCGCAAUGUACGGUCAAAUUUGGACAUUGCUUUUACGCAUUUUUGAGGCAAAUUCAGGAUCCGAGGAACAUUGAACACUUGAUCAGGUCUAUCAGACACAGGUGAUUAUUGAAAAUUGUGGCUACUGAUUGAUCAAGCUACCUCGGUUUAUUUCACGAUAGCCACCUGAUGCGUAAAGUACUGGGUGUUUCAGUGUUGACAAGCAAAUAAAUGUCAAAUUUUAAAGAAAAUAUAAUCCCAAACAGUACAAAAUAUGCAACAAAACUUGGUGUAAAAAUAUUUCUAGGUAGUAUCUAGAAUUGAAGUGAAUUUUGUUUUGUCUGAAAAUACUAUAUUUUAACAGUGCGAAAAUAGUGCCAAAUAUUUUAUUUAAACUUACUGUGAUUUGUUUUCAAUAAUCACCUGUGUAUUCAUACUAAAACAAUUAUUCGCCUCAGGCUUGGCGAAUAUCGAUGAUUAAUAUAUACACAAGGUCUGGAUAUGAGGUAUUCUGCAAUCUGAUUGGUUCUCUACCAGCAGGAUAUUAGCUCAUAUCCUGCAAGUAGAGAAAAACAAAAUGGCGGCUCAAACUGAAUUUCCGACGUUUUGCGAACGACAAAACGGCAAGUUGUUCGCUUUUUAUAGCCUGUACAGGAUUAAAAACACAAUGAAAAAACUCGUUGUUCACAGGUUAGCAAAUUAAUUUUUCAAAUUUAAAAUGGUUACAAAAAUAUAUUUUUGAAAAAAUAACCCGCCAAGAGAGCGAAGAUAAUGUGCGAGUCAAAUCCAACCGCGAUCAUUCCUCCCGGGCAACCCCUAUUUUUCGUACGUUUUAUAAAUCUUGCGUUUGAGGUUUUAUAUAUUUUAUAGUAAACAAAUAUAUCUUUGAUAUUGUAUUAAAUAUAAACAUUUGUAGAGUUUUAGAAUUUUUGUAGAAUUGCCACACACCACGGUCCACAUUGCUAUUGUCAAUAUUUGUUUAAUUUAAUUUUAGCCAAAAUUUCAGGACUACCCCUAUAGCAGGGCAUUUUACUGUGGUUUCUGCCUGUUCGGGCGGGCAUUUGACAAAUGACUACUUAUUUUUUCAAAAGUUAAAUUUCCCGGGGGUUGCCCAGGGGGUGAUCGCGAUUGGAUUUAAGACUCGUACAUAAUAACAUAAACAAAAUAGAAAAAUAUUGAAAAUAUCCGAAUAGCAAAGUCUGUGAAUUCAGGACCUUGUCUAUAUAACAAAACAGUUAUUCCACUCAUUCGCGUCGAAUAUGAGCGAUAGCUGAUUCGGCGCUACACGCCUCGUCGGCUAUCAGCUCGUAUUCGACUCGAGUUCGUAGAAUAACUGUUAAAUAACAACCUUGACCUUGUCUCGGUUAUUAUUCACCGAUAUUCACCUCGCCUUCGGCGAAUAAUUGUAAAAUGAAAUCCAACCAAUAAUAUGAAUAUUUUUAAAUGUUCGUACAGGGCAGGUGGAAGAGGGUGGAAUCCAACGACAAGUACCGGAGUAAGUGUAUGUUUCAUUAUGAUGAUAAAAUGUACAUCUCAAAUGACUGAUUGUUAGCAUAAACGUUUUUGGACAACUAUACAUGAAACAACUUGACUUCCUCAUCGUAUCUGUAAGUACGAAGUAAGGUCCAUUUUAUGACAAACAAAUAAGAACGAAUAGUACGGAAACCCCGUCCUGGUUUAUAGGAAACUUUGAUUGAAAAAUAUUCCGCAGUAUAUAUGACUUAAUAUUCUGUCAUGAAUACCACUUUAACCCCAAAUCUCCACAUAUUUCUAAAUGUUUCCAUAUUUUCUUGUUCUUAACUAAAUUUCUUAUUCCAGGGCAAUGGUCCUCCAGGUACUCCGAUGAUGCCAAGCACACCAGGUUAGUACUGCUUAAACAUUACCACAAAUGUUGUUUUUCCAUUUUUGAAAGAAUCCUUCCUUUCACCACUACCAUUUAUGCACUCGACAACAGACUAGUUCAUAGAAUCGUAGUGUCGAGGUAAAAUUGCAGUUGAAUAAUAAUAGCUAGGAGAUUUAAAACAUGCUUGUAAUUAUGUAAAUUAUUCCCAUAUAAAGUAUUGCACUUCUUUAUUUUGCUCCUGUUUCGCACCUAGGCGCUAUAUUCGAUUUAGGCUAUAUAAUAGGGAUACAUGAAGUAUUGUGACAAACGGGUGACGCGCGAAGGACCUAUUGGGAAGAUUGCACCCGCGAAGUGGACACUGGGAGGAUGAGCACUCCGAACAAUUUCAUUUUCAUAUAUUAUCAACGUUUCGACUAAUAUUUAUGAAAUUGUUCGGAGGUUAUUUUGUAAUUACGGUGCGUCUACAGUAAGUGGGGCCACUUAGAGAACACUAACCAAUCACAUUGCAGGAAAAAUAGCAUUAGCCAAUCAGCAUUAGGCCAAAAACAAUUUUAACAAAUAAACGAAUGUCAAAAGGUGAAAAUAGACUUGAAAAGUAAACAUUGCAGUUAAUGGCUUCCUGAAGCGUACUCCAUGCUUUCUUUUGAUUGGACGAGCUGUAGUUUGAUUAGAUUUCUAUUUUUGUUCUGCAGUCUGAUUGGUUAGUUUUCUCAAAGUGGCUCCACUUACUAUAGACGCACUGUAAUAUUGAACGGUUGCUAGUGAAGGACGACUACCUACUGUAUUGUAUGUUUCUGUAAUUAUAAUCUGAACAAAUAUACUUGUAAUCAAGUAAAUAUGUAUUUUCAUCAUUUGUGAAGCAGGCAUCAAUGAGUGAACAAAUAAAUAUCUCGUAUGCAUGUUACUAUUAAACUUAGCCUCCUCCGCAGGCCUCUCUAUGGGUUCUAGCCUGCGAAUGGGUUUUGAAAAAAAAAUUUUCUGGGAGAGAGGCCUGCCAUAAAUCGAACAAAAUAGACGUAUCUCAAAUAUUAGUGGCCGUGUUACGUUACCCCACCCCCUAAGUAAGCUUUUGACCCUAAUUAUAUAUUCAGUUUGAAAUCUUCGGGCGAGGAGCGAAACUUGCGAGUAUUAACUCAAAAAUGUUUUAAAAUGCAUCGAAAUAUUCAAGUUAUACGAAAAUUAGUUGGUCAAUUGAAAGGAUUAAUUAUAUCGCAAUGUCUCUCGCGGUCUAAAAACGACGUGCAAAUUUAAUUGAAUCGCUCGCUCGAAGCAGCCAAAUGUUUACAAUGUAUCAAUUGUUCAGCCGAGGAACUACAAUUUGAGGAAAUUAUCUGGCAUAAUUUCGAACGCAAAACGAAGAAUGGAACGAUACAAAGGUAUAAUUUGUUUAAUAAAGGAAUUAUAUUAAAUUGUAUUGUUUUCUGGAAUAUUAUUUUGGCAUGUUUAUUUAUAUGAAGGGGUUGACAUUUUGAUUAUAUUUUACUAAUUUUAGUCAAAUCAUCAGACAUUUGGCAACAUGUUAAGUGAAUUGAUAUAUAAAAGGAAAAGAUCUUUCUGUUGAAGCAACCAUUUCAAUAAGUGAGGAGAGAUAACAACUUGGAAAUAUCAACUACAGAAAUUUGAUUACUACAAAAGCCUACAAAAAUCAAGAUUUUGUUGGCAUCUUAAACCUGGUUUACAUAUGCCUGCAUUAUCAUUGUUUACAGCUGUUGAUGCAUACAUUCUUUUGUGAAUUAUUUAGUUGAACUUUUAACGACAAUAGCCCAUCAACAAACAGCAGGUAUAUGUGAACCAGGCUUCACUUGGUUAAAUAGUUAAUUGGAACUCACCCCCUUAAUUAAUAUCAUGUGAAUAUGCUAAACCCAUUAAUAAGUUGCAUUGUGACACAUGUAACAACCUCUUUCUAAUAUAGUACAUGCCUAGUUGUGUUACACGUACUGGCCACAUGACAUCCAUGAUUUGAUAAAUAAAGAAAUUUAUGAUGUAUCUGCAUAUUCUCUAAUUAUAUGUAUCUCCCUUGUUCAUGUUUAAAUAAAAUUGCUCUUGACAUUAUUUGUUUUAAAUAUAAUAAAUCUAGAUUGGCAUGUAUCAUGUAAGAGCCUACAAUGCCAGGGGCCCACAACAAGUUCUUGUUGUCUCAUUGCUUGCCGGCACGCCCCUGCUUUUACUCUGUCUAACAUCAGACAAUUUUACUAUUCCAGGGGAGAGUACAAAGAAUGGGCUAAUCUAAAGCUUCACAGCUUACAGUUAAUAUGUACCCACCAUUGAAAGACUUUUGGGUGGUUAAUGUAACAAUUAAUAGCAAAACAUGCAGGGAUGGAUUUACUGGGGGGCACACCCCCCUCCCUAGCCCUGGCCAGGGGGUAUGUGUGUGCUAUUUUUCAUGAUAAAGCAAAAAAUAUUAGAGACAAAAUGAGAUAUUGUACACAGUACACUUGUACCACAUGGAAGUUGUUUUGCCAAAUUCUCAGAAUACUGCUGUUGCUGUAUGUUAAUGGGCGGGCUGCACACAUGACAACACAACUCGAGUCACUCGACACCAGAGCUGGCAGAGCACCCCCCACCAGAUCAUGCUGGAUCCAUCCCUGAAAACACGUCUAUCACCGGGAAGUUUCGUCAGUGACUGUUUGUAUGGUUAUAGGGAAAUUUGCCUUGCAAAAUGGAUUUUACCCAUGUAAAUAUUUUGUCUGUGAACUUUGGCAACAUUGGUUAAUUAACAAAUCCAAGGCAAAUGUUAUUAAGACAGGUCUUCAUACAUGUUGCACCACAUGGAAAACUAUUAGAUUCUUAUUAAAUUCCAGUUGUCCUUUCCCUUAUGUCUACAUUGCUCACACCCAUAUAUAAAACAGGGCCACUGAUUUAAGAAAGCUUUUGCUAAUUUUCGUCACAUCUGAGACACUCAAGUUUGAAAACUUUGUCUUUGUCCAAGGGAUAGAUUGCACAGUGAUUUCCGCAAUAAGAAAGCUAUUUGUUUAAGACUUUUAUUAACGAUUUCCUUCCAUACAAGCGUAUUAAAACAAAGCAAGAGGUGUUUAUAUAUUUAAUACGCAGUCACAGAUGUCAACAGUUGAAUUUACAUUUAUAUAUUGACAAUUUUCGAUCGUUCCUUUUCGUGUUACAAUUUCGACUAAAUCACUGCACUUUCAGCUUAUUAUGAUAUAAAAUGUCGUCAACAAUUUGAAUAGAAAUUUGUAUAUAUCAACGAUAAACUUUCAAUUGAAACCUUGUCUUGAUAAAUGUCUUGACAUGAAUCGACGACAACGUGAAUUCACUGCUCUGCAAAGUCACUCGUCUCUAUUAAAACAAUCCCAGUAAAUCGCUGCGUCGGCUUUCGAUAACGUUCUCAGCUCCUUAGUCAAAGUUCCCUUUGUAUUUGUAAUGUUGAAGAGCAGGAUUAUUCGUUAAUUUUACAGUUUUACUCGUCUUGUAUUAAAGCCAUCGUGUUGAAAACAAAAUUUUCUUCACUCCUUGCCGUAAGCCCUUCCUACUCCCCCUAAGUUUGAGUUUGUCGAAAUUUGCAUGCGCGAGCCAGUAUGCGCAGUGCAAAUUUUUGUGUCGAUUUAUGGCAGGCAUCUCACCAAACUUUUUCCCACCACCCGAUUCGUCGGGUGAGAUGCCUGCGGAGGAGGCUAUAUUAAACUCACAACUCUCGAGAUUAUGAAUUGGCUAACUUCACUAUUGUAAUACAAAUAUAGUACGCCGGUUUAUAUGAAGGUCAUCACUACUCUCUGUUUUUUAUUAGACACUCCGACACCGGGUAGUGAUAUGUAUAACGUUAUGAUGAAGUCAGUACCAGGUGCAAACAUGUCAGCGGUAUGUCUCCUCGAGUUGGUAACUACUUCAUCUUGCAGGGAUAUUAUGUAUAUCCUUAUACCACUAUAUACUAGUGUUAUGUUGGGGUUAUUAUUACUAUAUACAGAUGAAAAUCAUCCUUGCCAAAUUAUCCCUUCUCAAAUUUAGUGAAUUUUAACUUGAUCGUUUGUUCCUAUAUUCUUGAUGUAUGUUACGACUGAAUAGCUAGAGUUGAAAGUUACUUCUUAAUCUAUCCCUUGCGUUGUGAAACUAAAAAAUGUGGGUGUAAUGACUGAUUUUCUGUCAAAAAGCCUUUUACUCUGGCCCUACUAUAUAAAAUAAAUAAUGGACUUGUGCAAUGCCUGUUAACUAAAGCCGUGUUUAUACUACGAGCCUAAGCCUGGCCUGGGCCUACCUUUGGACUAGAUUUUUGUAAUGUAAACGCACUUCGGCCUGGCCUAGGUCAGGAAACCUGGAACACCUGUUCUGAUAGGCCCAGAUUUCCUGACCUAGGCCAGGCCGAAGUACGUUUACACUACAAAAAUCUAGUCCAAAGGUAGGCUUAGUCUCGUAGUAUAAACACGGCUUAAGGUUGGCGACAUGGGCACGUGUAAUAGUGUUAUGCCUAUAAACGUUUUUGUUUUAAUUUAGUUUGGCAUGGGAGGCGGACCUGAACCUGGACUGGGAAUAGGUACACAUGACUUAAAAAAAUCAUUAAAAGAAACAAAUAUCUAUUCCAAAAAUCAACCUCAUGCGUGCAUGGUUUCUAUACUGCACUGCGUGACAGUGUGUGUUUUAUACUGGAAUGGCAGUAUGAUUGAUUCCUUGCUAAUCUAUACUGUUCCGUAUGAUUGUAUAAUAUCACCUCUGUAGUUAGGUAGCAUUAAAUAUGUCAGCAACUCUGUUUCGUUGAUUUAUUAAAGAGAGCAAGAUUCGUACAAAACUUGAAAGUCCUUGAAAGUCCUUGAAUUUAAAACCAAAUCUUCAAGGCCUUGAAAGUCCUUGAAUUUAUAAAGAAGUGCUUGAACGUCCUUAAAUUCUUGCUUACAUGUUGUUGGUAAUGUUGGAUGUCUUCUGAAAACAUUUUGUUUGUUUGAGUUUGAUAUUAAGAAUUGAUUGUGAAUUGAUUUUGUCCAUGGCUUGAAUUCAUUAAACUUGCCACUUGAACAGUUUACAUAAGUUUGUACUGAUUUCCUGAUACAUGACUUGAAAGUCCUUGAAACGUUCUUGAAUUUUACUCGACCUAUACGAACCCGGAGAGAGAAAUAAUGCGUUCUUUGUCAUACAAGCAUAAUUACUUCUAGCAUCAUAUCUGUUUCCACUGAGUGGACCUUCGGAUGAUCUUUGGUCUCAUUGGAUUUCCAAAGAUACUAAUAAUAUAAUGUAUCCUAUGUUGUUUAGACUCACAGCAAGACAUAGAUGGUUUACCAAAGGUAUGUAUCGCUAGUUUAUUAUAAUUUAAAUUAUAUAAAAUAUUAUUAAUUUAGGAAACGUAUAUCCCUAGUAAAGAAACGUGAAUCAUAGCAGUAAUAAUCCCCAGUUUAGUCUUUCUGCCUAUCACCUUCAUUUUAUUCUAGUUAUUACCAGACAGUCAAAUAAUUAUAUCAAAAUAUCAUAAAUCUCAGGUAAUGCUAUUUUAUAGAAAUAAAAACUUUAACCUCCUUCCAUCUUCAGAAAUCUUACGACCUCUCUUAUUAAUUUACGAUCCCCUCGCUCCCUUGUUAUGCACUUCGUGCUGCACCUGUUCAAACUGCAUAAAAUGAAUCAAUAUUAAAAUGUCAAGGAACCAUUAAUUAACCUACAACAAAUAAUUAUUUGUUAGGAACCUCCAAACGACCACGGUCCAGGAACCCCUGGCGGUGAGACAAACGAAUAUGGUGGAAUAUUAUCCUUUGGUCCAGAUACGGUAUGUGAUACAACAAUACUGAUCCUAGAUUUAUGUUUAUUGCAAUAGUGUUAUGGAAGGAAAAACUUUGUUCAAAAUUUGGCGGCUUUUAUUUUAACGAUAUUUUUCAAGAAAAACUCAAUACUUAUAAAUCUCUGCGGUGUACUAAACAAAUUUCAUGUAUCAACGUACAUAUGAAUAUACAUGCAGUUGUUUUUGUCCGAAUGGUUGAAUAUCGGUUAACUAGCUUGUACCGUUUCAGGGAUUUCAAAGCUAGAAAUCAAGAAAUAUAUCGCACGACUUGAUCGCGUAAGUUAACUAUAGUGUUGCAUAUUAUUUUAUUAUAAUCACGAGAAUAAAAUAGAAUAGUAUCUCUGUACUACUAUAUAGAAUAAUGAAUAAGAUAGGAGAGAAAUAAGUAUAAUCUUUGAUCUUAUUUCUGUUGUCGACAGAGAGAUGUGCAAUUGUGCAUAAGGUAGCAUAGAACAAUUUGUAUGAUCGUAAAAUCUAAAGAUAUGGUGAAAUUGAUUGUAUAUGCAGGGAAAUAAGCAAAGAGCGAGCAUACUUUUAAGGAUUUGUACUAGGGCUUCAUUUUAGUUGUGUAAAUAUCGAGAUUUUGGGAUCUCGUUCAAUAAAACUAGUAGUGGAUGGGUUAUUAAAUAUUAGUUCGAUCGAACGACAUGCCACAGCCAGUGUUUAUUAUAAUAACAAUUUACCCAUUUGGAGGCAAAUGUUUGUGACAAAGGUUUCCUAUAAUUCGCCCACCUUUGAAGCACUUUUUCGUAGCGAAAUUCGACGCGAAAUGAAUUAUCACAUGCGCAAGAAAUUUCGCGAGAAAAUAUUUCGCUUCGCCAGUGAGUAGAGGUCGAAAGCGAAAUUUUGCAGAAACUAUUUCUCGCGCCGAAUUUCGCGUCGUGGAGUCAGGUAUUAAGAAACCAACCUCGUACCCAGACUCUUUCCUCUUGGGGAGAGAAGACUCUGGUACCAACGCUGGUCGCGUGAUCUGCUAAAUUAGCGGAAUUGUAAUUACAAUCUUGGAUUCCUUUACGACAAUCAUACAAAAUUCAAAUUAUAAAUUAAACUAUAAAAAUCAUCCAAAUAUCAAAUAUUUAUUGACCUCAUCUUGGAUUGCUAAUUAAUAAAUCUGCUAGAUUUUAGCAGAUCACGUGCCAAGCAAACCAGCGUCUACCAGGGUCUUUUCUCCCCGCGCCAAGUGGAAAGACCCUGGGUACAAGUUUGUUGAGAAACCUGGUUAUAUAGGAAACCUUGUCCUACAAACAUUUUUCAGCAUCACUCUUUCCUUGUUUGUCUUGGGGUCUACUCAAUACACAUAUAAAUACUGCGCAGGAUUUGCAUAUUAUUUCUUCUUUUCUAGAUCAAGUCAAACCCCUCGAGAUUUCUGGGUAGUACGUGGAUAAUGUGAAAAAUAUUCCAUGGAGUAAAUUAUUGGACAUUUUAUCAGCAUUUGUGCAAUGGACAAGAGUUUUGAAAGAUUUUUUACGAAGACUGGUUAAGAGAAACAGUUGGGUGAAUAGAGUUGUUUUCAUUCGUAAAACAUACAAGCCAAGCUUGAUAACUGAUUUGUUCAGAUAUGGUUAAAUAGUUUUCUGGGGAAUCUGAUCUCGAAAUAACACUGGACAACAGAAGGUCAGGGUAUAUAAAUUCAAGCACUUGCCAAGGUCACUGUAAAUAUCUGAUACAACUUGGCGACCGAAAGUGUUAAAAAUAAUUGGAAUAAAAAACGAACAAAAUUGCCGAAGCAAUAAAAUUGUACCAAAAUUGUACGAUUCUUAACACCGCAGUCAAACGUUUGCGCAUGCGUGAGUCUACGAAAAUGACGGCGAAAAUGUCUGCCAAAGUCAUUACACCGGUUUUUCCUUGUGUUAAGACGAAGUCAUACUGAGUUUAAACACUCAUAAUUUUCUUUAUACUUUUUUUAGAGCUUCGUGAAAACAAUACUAUUUACAGUCGUUGAAGUGCAAACAGCCAAUACGUUUGACCGCGGUGUUACGAUUCUCGGUUCUUUUAUACUGUCAUAAUCAGUGUCGCGAUUUUUUAGUAGAAUAUCGGUUACCUUGUCCUUGUUGCCUAAACUAUUUAACCAUAUCGAGAACCAUCCCUUGAAGCUAGAAAUGUGAAUAUAUUUGUAAAGAGAACUUCACUGUAUAUACAUCGUAGAAAUCAGCGAAAUAUUUACAUCCCGAGGUAGAUGGUGUGUGAGCAAGCAAUCCGUGUGAUCAGCACCUGAAUAAUUUCGGAACCACGCUUUUCCCAACUUCCCUCUUAAGGGAUAAACUGUGACUAGAGCUUGUCAUGCGACAUAUAGACGUUUUUCAUUAAUUUCCGUUACGCCAUUGAGGAGAGCAACACAGAGAAAGCCUGGGAAUGAGGUUGUGUGUGUGUGUGUUCGGUUCUUAGGCUUGUAUUCUACAGGUGAUGGCUUAAGUACUAUUCGCGUCUGAAGGUCUCGUUGAAGGCGUCAUUAAUGAUUUAUUGUUAUGUUUAGCUCGAUGUUUAGUUGCUGAUCAAAUGUAUUGAAUGCUCAAAGUUUUAGCCUGAAUAUAAUGCUCCGACCUCCGACAAACUUUUACUAAAACGAAGCAACCUCGCAAUCCAGGCGCUUUAGAGAACGGGAUCCUGCCCGUCCUGGGUACAACGUUUAAGCCGCCAAUGUUCGUUUCAAACAUAGAAAUGGUCUACAAUGAUCAAAGAGUUCAAAUAUACUAUUAUAUUUAUUCUCCGGGUUGAUAACGAUUAGCUUCCAAUUCGAUGCUUCGAGUCUUCAUCAUGGCCUUCAUCAGAACGUUAACUUUUACAUUAAAUCAAUCCAAGUUUUUUAUUUCAACCAAACUUCAAAACAGAUUAUAAAACGAUUUGCUGAACACAAAAACGCCAUAAAAAAACACGACAGGGAGUGAUGUUUGUUACGUAAUUCAGUACCAAAAUCUGUUUUCAUUACUGUUUUACUCAUUUAUUCCCUUAUUGAACACAAAAACGCCAUCAAAACUAUGGAAAAUUAACUCACCUAUAUAUCAACGCAUCCUUCGACCACCAAUGAAAUCAGAUUAUCGUCAACUGAACAACCAAUCAGACACUCUCGACGUAUACAAGAACAGAAAUGACGGUGCGAAAUAAAUGUGAAAGUUUAACAUUCAGGGGCCGGUUGUUCUAGGCUGGACAAGGGCUAACCCUGGAUUAAAAGUUAGCCCGCCGUUUUAGUUUUUGUAUCUCUGCACGUUUGUUUAUUACAAAACUGCAGAAUAGAAAAUUCCUAUUGAUCCACACAAGAUUUCUGAAGAAAUAUUUCUAAGUUUAUAAACAAGCUGUUGGGAAGUUUGCUUGGAAUUAUAGGUUGACCUGGGGUUAAGCUAACCGGAUUUCAAACCACCGGCCUCUGAUGAUGAAGAUCCAAAGCACCGAGUUGAAAGCUUAUAAAUCUUAUAUGAAAGUUGCCACUCAGCCUUGGAUGUAAGCGAACGAUUGUUCAAGCUGUAGUACCAACCUUGAGAACUGAAGCUACAUCCAUGGUGUUGGAGGAUGCUUCUGCCGUGACUUCAUCGUCAGGAAUGAGGUCAGGAAUACCUCUCGAUUGAUUAUUCUGGGAUUUGGGUACCGCGAUUUUCUUCUAUACUAUUCACAUAUCUAUAUAAGUAAUUAAGGCGGGAAAAAAUUCGAAAACGAGGGAUCAUUGGGGCAUAUUUGUAAUUGGUGUAUUGUGGUUUGAAACGUUCUUUGGUGUGUCAUGUAAAUAGUAGUGACUUUCUGAAUUCUGUACAUUGACUUCGUAGCAAGUCAAGUAUACAUAUUAUUGUAAUGAAGUAUUUCAAUAUAAUCGUUUUUGGUAUCCAUAUUGUCUUUGUUUUCACUAAUAGCCCUGGGCAACACUCCCAAUAUAACCCUUCAGCUUUGUAUGCAAAUUACCCCUAUAAGAUCAUGUGAUUAUUUUAUU